UGAAUUUCAGUGUUGUUGAGACUUCUCAACUAGCACCUGGGAUAAUACAGACUGUUGUAUUUUGAUUGUGGUAAACGUUUAAUAUGGGCAAUAACUGUCUGUGUAAAGUUAUACCGGAGGACAGCCAGUUGCCAGCCCCACAAGAAGAGUUGGCAACAUCAUCGAAGGUGGUGCCAAAGAAGAAAUCAUAUCGUAAGACCAAAAGAAAUCUGAGGCACUGUAAGCCCUCCCAUAGCAGUGGGAGAUCCGCAGCGGAGCCUCGUGGAGACGCAGGAAGCUCCAGCAGUUCUGCUGAAGUUGCUCCUGUGGAAAAACCAGCGGGUUUUAUUAACACUGAAUCGUAUAAGGACAGCAGAAUCUCAGAAAUGGGGACCGUGCGUUUAGUGGAGAAAUCCUGCGGCUCUGCUGUUGGUCUCUACAGUUUGGAGGAGAACAGUGUUGAGAAUGAAAUGAAUACCAACGAAAUGGAUGCUGACGACAUCGCAGAUGAGCUGGAUGCUGAUGAUCUUGAAGAAGAUGACUCUGGGAGUGGCAUGGAGAGUGAGGACAUCCGUCCGAGUGAUCAAGGUUAUGGCAGUGAAACUUAUGAGACAGAGGAUAUCGACAGUAUGACCGAUACGUCUAGUGGCAGCCUAGAAAGUGAACACUCUAUUGAUGUGCUGUCUGACAAAGACCAGAUGAAGACCACCCCAAAAGAGGAGACAAAUACAUCACCAAAUAAGGUCCAGUCGAGGAAGUGCAGAUGGAUCAGAUCAAUGAUGAGAAGGCUGGGGCUUUGGUACACCAAGUCUUCCAGUAUCAGACCUCAAACCCCAGCUAUGCAUAUGAUAGAAAAGGCCUGCAACACCAGUGAAGACAUGUUUCCAGACAUUGAUGAUAACAACCCUGAAAAUGAUCUGUCUCCUGAGGCCAGCUUGAACUGUGAAGACCGUGAAUCAUGUGAGGAGGUCCAGAUGAAGACCUUACAAGAAGCAUCAGAACCAGCCUUGGUUGCGGUAAAAUGGCCUUUCCUUUUUGUAACCCAGAAAGGAUACCUUCAAAAUACUUCAUUUUUAUGGGCAUCAGAUCUCAAUAACUAA